AGCCCCAAGACCAAAACAAAAAAAAUUUUCAUCUGUAAAGGAAACGCGACAAAAGAGAGAGAGAGAGAGAGAGAGAGAGAGAGAGAGAGGAAGGUGGGCUUUAAAAGAGAGAGACUCGUGGAGGCUUUACUGAAGCGAUGCGUGGAACAAAGCUGACACAAAGUGGCCACACCAUCUUCUUCUUCUCCGCCUUAUAACGACGAUAGAUUCACAAUCUGCGAUUCUUAAUAACCCUAAUCUCUACGCUUAUUUCCUUCCUAAACAAGACAUGACGGAGACGACAAAGGUGAUGUACAUAGUGGUGGUCGACGGCGAUGUUGAUAUAACGACGGCCAUUGUGGAAGAAGACGGUACCGGGAAUUGGAAAGAUUCGUUUAGGUAUACGCGUCCGGUUUUGCAGAGUACUCUCCAGCUCAUGGGAUGCAAAGCGCGUCACGCCUUCAAGAUUAGCCGCAGGGUUUUCGAGUUAAUAAGAAGUGAGGGAUCAUUAAUACUUUCACCCUCUCAUGGGAAAGAAUCUGUAUUUGGGAAGACAUGUGAUACUCCUUCAGCUUGUGAUGUUGUAGAAAAGGUUAACAAAGUUAAUUUCUCAGCUACCAAUGAUAUUGCUGAUGAUAAGAGCAAAAGCAAGCCGUUUGAGAUGUAUAAAAAGCGAACGACCGCCGUUGUUACAAGAGAGGUGUUCUUAAACGUUGUAUGUGACGCUCUUGCUGAGUACAAGUAUGUGGGUCAUGACCAAAGAGCAGACUUGAUUCUGGCUUGCAAGAUUAGAGAAAGGAAAGAAUCUGUGACGGUUCUGUUAUGUGGCACUAGUGGCUGUGGCAAAUCUACACUCUCUGCACUUUUGGGAAGCAGGUUGGGGAUUACGACGGUUGUCUCAACCGACUCAAUCCGUCAUAUGAUGAGAAGUUUCGUUGAUGAGAAGCAGGAUCCUCUGCUUUGGGCAUCAACCUACCACGCUGGAGAGUACCUCGACCCUGUGGCAGUUGCCGAGUCAAAAGCCAAAAGAAGAAGAGCCAAGAAGUUGGAUAGUUAUGGAAAAUCAAUACUUGAUGAAGAGAAACCAAAUGCCUCUGAAGGUGUUAAGUCCAGUAAUACUUUGUUAAGUCGCAAGCAAAUGGCUGUAGAAGGGUUUAAGGCACAGAGUGAAAUGGUGAUUGAGAAUCUCGAUAGACUCAUUACCUCAUGGGAAGAAAGGAAAGAGUCUGUGGUUGUUGAAGGUGUCCAUCUAAGCCUUAACUUUGUGAUGGGACUAAUGAAAAAGCAUCCUUCCAUCGUUCCAUUCAUGGUUUACAUCUCAAACGAGGAGAAACAUUUGGAACGGUUCGCAGUGAGAGCCAAGUACAUGACCCUGGACCCAGAGAAAAACAAGUAUGUGAAGUAUAUACGUAACAUAAGAACCAUACAGGACUACUUGUGUAAACGAGCAGACAAGCAUUUAGUUCCCAAGAUAAACAACACCAACGUGGACAAGAGCGUGGCAGCGAUCCACGCUACGGUCUUCAGCUGCAUGCGUAGGCGAGAAGCAGGAGAGCAGCUCUAUGACGCUACCACCAACACCGUCUCCGUGAUAGACGACGAGUAUAGGAACCAGUGCACGGCUAACACGCUGAGUUCCAAAGGAAUGUUUCAGCUGAUCCAGAGGAAAGGCUCCUCUAGGAACCUGAUGGCUCUUCUGAAUACUGAUGGAACUUUCGCGAGAACUUGGCCGCUUGCUGGUGGUAAGGUUGAUCAUGAGACCGGGAAGCCUGUUGUCUUUUGUAAUGAGACGAAUGGAAUGGAGCAUCCUGUUUAUGGAUACUUACAGAAAGCCGAACCGGUGAAUCUUCAGUUUGGUCUGUUUGGGAUCAGUGCUUGGCCUAGUGAUGGAGCUACGAGCCGAGCUGGGAGUGUAGACUUGGGUGAAAACGCUAGUAGGCAUUAUUCUUCUUGCUGCAGCUCGCCUAGGAUGUCUGAAGGAAACUCCAAAGAGCUUAAGGAGGAGCAGUCCGUGCAUGGUAGCGAUGAAGAAGUUGAAGAUGAUCCUCCUGAGCAAGAAGAUACAGAUUUUAGCGAUGAUGAUGAUGAUAACAAGCGAGACCAUGACGAGGUGGGAUCGGUUGAUGAGCAGUCUACAAAGUCAGAUGAGGAGUACGAUGAUCUUGCUAUGGAAGACAAAAGUUACUGGACGGAUGACGAGGAAGAGUCACGAGAUACGGUCGCGGUAAUGUCUGAGAAGAACCACAAGCCGGCAACAAAAGAUGACAAGUACAUACAGAACUUGGACCUUUUUCUUCGGACCGCCGCGAACCAGCAGCUGGUCGAGCCGCUCGAGCUAUGCGCAUCGCUGCUCACGUGCGAGUAUGGAGAUGGGAGACUUUGGUCGGGUAAAGAAAAGAUGAGGAAGCGUUCUCUAAGCAUCUCGGCUCUUGGAAAACGUGGGUCGGGUUUGGGUGAUCCGAUUCUUUUGGGUGCCCCAUGAUAAAACUCCUUUAGUUAGUUAAUUAUGGUUUAGUGUUUAGUUUAACUUUUGUGGGUUCGUGUGUGUGUGUGUAUAGUCGUUAAUUACUUGUUUAAAACUUUGGGAUUGUUCAACACUUUUUUUCUUAUGACUUGAGACCUUAGAUUAUGAACUUUGAUCUCAGAUUUUAAGACUUAAGUCUAUACUUACGUUUUAUUGGGGAGCUGUAAAAGCAAGUAGAAUCUUGGAUU